CGUCGUCCGUUUCUGGCCUCUCUUGUUGCGUGAACAUCAUCAGCCCAUCUCACUGCCACCAUUUCACCGAGCUCCCCCCAAAACAGGUGAGCGCUUCGUUGGACCGGAGAAGCUUGCCAAGAAGUAGAGUCAUCUCCUUUGUCUAGGAACCAGACAAAAACAAUGGCACCUCAGGCGCAAGGUCCCUUCGAUGCGGUGCACUUCCUCAAGGGGGGGCUCGCUGGCGGCAUCUGCUGCGGCAUCACCCACGGCGCCCUCUGCCCUGUCGAUGUUGUCAAGACCCGCAUCCAGCUCGACCCCGUCACCUACAACCGAGGGAUGAUUGGCAGCUUCUCGCAAGUAAUCAAGAAAGAGGGCGUCGGUGCGCUUGCAACAGGCCUUGGGCCCACCGUGGUCGGAUACUUCAUCCAGGGCUUUUUCAAGUUCGGGGGUGUGGAGGUCAUCAAGGUCAAGGCCACCGAGCAGCUGGGCACCCGGAAGGCGUGGGAGUACCGACUCCCCAUUUACCUGGGAGCGGCCGCGACGGCAGAGUUUGUUGCGGACGUGUUCCUGUGCCCUUUGGAGGCGACGCGGAUCAGGCUGGUGUCCGACCCCACCUAUGCGGACGGGCUCGUGUCUGCGGUGCCUAAGAUCCUCAGGCAGGAGGGCGUCAUCCGCGGCUUCUACUCGGGGUUCGCGCCCAUCCUGUUCAAGCAGAUCCCUUACACGAUGGCCAAGUUCGCCGUGCAGGGUUACGCAGCCGAAAAGAUCGGCUAUGCCAUCGGCAAGAAGCCGACCGAGAUGAGCGACGCCACCAAGGUCGGGGUUUCCCUCUCAUCGGGCGUUAUCGCCGGUGUCGCAGCGGCGAUAAUCUCGCACCCGGCGGAUAGCCUCCUGUCCAUGGUCAACAAGGAAGGCGCAGGGGGGACCGGGUCGGUGGGCACCCGACUGAAGAACCUCUUCUUCGAGGCGGGCUUCAAGAAGCUCUUUCUCAACGGCCUCGGCCCCCGGUGCGUCAUGAUCGGCAGCCUCACUGCCGGGCAGUUCGCGAUCUACGACACCGUCAUGGAGAUGACGGGCGCGUCCAAGUUCAACUUCAUCAACCCGGACGCAUAACGGGGGUUCCGUGAAAGGGGCCUUACUGCUGUUGUACCGUCAGCAAACAUUUCUACCCCUCCCCUGGCGUGCUUGGCUCCGUCCCGGCUUUG